AUGCCGAAAGCACUGAUUGACCCGAAGGGAAACAAGGAAGUGUAUGAUCACUUAUCGUUGUUCCUAUGCCCCAUCGACUUGACAAAAUCGGUGGACACGGAGUAUACUUUUGCGGUUACCAGUCAAACUGAUUCCAAUAACACAGUGGAAAAGGAAGCAACAAAAAGAUUCCCUGAUAUAAAACAUUCUGGCUGGGGUUGGCGAAAGUUCAUGCCUCUCAGUGAACUGCACGACCCUGACAAGGGAUAUAUCGUGAAUGAUACUUGUAUCAUUGAGGUUGAGGUUACUUGUAGGAUGGAUGAGGACUCAAAAGAUGCUUAUGACAGUGUGAACGAAAGCGACCUGAACAAGGUUGCACAUACAGAAAAUGAGAAACAAAGUAGUCCUGAGUAUCCAGGAGCAGGACAACCCUUCGGUGAAGGGAGACAUAACAACAAAGUCGGUUUCGGCAAGGAAGAGGAAUUUGAAGAUGUCGGAGGGUUUUGUAUUCUGAAAACACAGGCGCCGCUAUAUAGGCAAAUAUGGUUGAAAUAUGGUCAUAUUCCAUCUGCCAAGGUAAUGCCAAUCGCUUCCUAUCCAAUCCUAGUAAUUGUGGUCAAAGACUUGAUGUGUUCUAUCACAGAUAUGCAUAAAUGCCAUUAUGUAGAUUUAUCAUCUGAAAUGAUCGAUAGAUGGGAAGAUAUGAUAACAAUGGCUGAGAAAUUUGAAUUUAACAUUGGAUGGCUGCGGGAACGAUUUGAACAUGUGAAAAAAGGGAUGUGUCAGAUGCAGAAUGAGAAUGUUAAGACGGAACUGCUGGAGCAUGGUCAGCAUUUACGUGCAACAAAAUCAAAGAUGAGGGUACUCAGGAAUGUGAUGACAAAGGUAGAGGUUCAGUUGAUUGCGUUGAAGGAUGACGUGCGUGAGAAAAUUUCUGGGUUACUCUCCAAAUCAGAUACGGAAACCUAUCUGGAAAUAGGUGAAGAUUUACUACUAGAUGGAUUGUUCUAA